AAAAUACAUCAUUGAAUUAUUAUUUUACAUAUUUUUACACUGUUUCAUUUAAACUGACUGGAUAAUUAUGAGAAAACUGACGUUUGAAAAUUUUGUAAAGUGUUCCGAUGUUCGGAUAGAUCGGUAUUUCGCCUUCAUCCUGUAGUUUAGUUUCUGGAUUGAAAACAAAAAUUGCCUGUGAUAUAUAAUUAGACACAACAGAAGCACACGCCAAACAUGUGGACAAAAAUAGUGAUUGGGCUCUCCAUUGCAGUGUUUUUAUUAAUGUCAGUUGUGAACUGCACGUAUGGUCCAUAUUUUCUUGAAGAACAUCAAAGACUUCCGUUACAAAAAUGCCCUUCCGGUGGAUAUUCUAAAAUUAGAUGCAGACCGGAUAUACAAUUCAACGACUGUGGACAGGGCUUUGAGUGUAUCCGAAACCGUUAUUUAUACCAAUAUGACAAAAUAUUUUGCGGCGUAUGUUGCCCAGCACGGCAGUUAUGCCCUAAAGGACUUUUACAGGGUCCAAAAUGCAAUAAUUACGGCACAAAGUGCCCACGUGGCUUUAAAUGCUUAAAUGGAGUCUGUUGCCAGACGACACAGUUCACGUGCCCAACCGGAAGUAUCCCAGGGCGCAAAUGUUCUUUGAACUUUCCGUGUAAUCCAGGAAGUAUCUGUUUAAAAGGGACGUGCUGCUCUAUGCCAAAGCACCGGCCUGUGUGUCCAUCCAACUAUUUCCCGCUGGCGGGAGUAAAAUGUGGGUUACAUUCACACUGUCCAGGCAGGUCUGUGUGUUUCGAUUAUAAGUGUUGUCAUCCCGAAAAACCGGUAUCCAAACCACCAGUCCCGCCUAAGAAGCGACCACCAUCACCUAUUCCAUCCAGUAGACCGCCUGUCACUGUCAAUAUUCCGCCAAAAAGACCGCCCCAAACGGUACCGCCUACUUUCCCAGUGCGGGAAGUACCGAAGACAAACCCACCGAUAUUUAUUAGUCCGCCUACAACACCACAAACCCCGUACCCACCAACAAAACCACCAGAAGUAUUAACACAAAGACCUCUUAUCCCUCACAUCGAACCAUCACUUGUUCAUAUGACGUCAUGCCCACGUGGACUACACGAAAUACCCGGAUUAACAUGUGAUCACAUUCUUGGUUGUCCUGGCCACAGUCAGUGCUUAUCUGGACUGUGUUGUACAAAUGAAGUAAAUCCAGUUCGUACGUGCCCGACAGAAUAUACACCUAUCCCGAACAUCAAUUGUGGACUCAGACAACAUUGUCCUACCGGAAGUCGAUGUGUGUCCGGUAUUUGUUGUCGGCCACCAACUCCGCUUGGCAUACCAAGUUGUCCGCACAAUUAUACCCGGGUACCUGACCUUCAAUGUGAUUUCGGCACUUGUCCCGGAAAUGGCGUGUGUGUUUCCGGAAUUUGCUGCACAAGGAUUAGGAAAAUUGAGCUAGAAGUACAGCCACCAAUUUGUCCGAAUGGCUACAGACUUGUCGGCAAUACUCAAUGCAGAUCUGACUCUGGUUGCCCAUUAGACAGUCUGUGCAUUGCAGGACAUUGUUGCAGAUUUGUACUAGAUCCUAAAAAAGUCCCUGCAACUCGAGAAUUCUUCAUCCCACCGACACAAAAACCAACACAGACACCAAAACGCACUAUUCAAAUACAGACAACAACACUUCAAACGAAAGUGAUCGAUACUAACUCGCCCCAUGGUCUACCAGGAACAACUCCAAUACCACCCGUUCCAACUUCAAUUUCAAUAGUUCCAUUUGUUCCAUUAAAUCCGACUUUUCCACCUCGAAGACUGUCUUUACCACCAUUGUUUAUAUCUACUUCUAAAACCCCGCAUAAUACUUCUUUCCCACCUUAUAUAGUUCCUCCAGUUAAAACUCAACCACCAGUAGUCCCAACAAAACCAACAUUUGUUCCUUCCGUUACAUCAUUUAUUCCAUCAUUACCACCUUCUCCUCCAAUUGUACCCCCAUUUGUUCCAACAACACGAACCUCAGUGACACCAAUACCUUCUUUCGUUCCAUCAGUCCGACCUUCUGUCCCAUCUCAACCUCCCUUUAUUCCGAUAGCCGGGCCCUCUGUCCCUUCUUUACCUCCUUUUAUUCCCACAGCAAGACCCUCUGUCCCUUCUGUACCUCCUUAUAAUCCAACAGCUCGACCCACUGUCCCUUCCGCACCUCCUAUUAUUCCCACAGCUUGGCCCUCUGUCCCUUCUGUACCGCCUUUUAUUCCGACAGCCGCGCCCUCUGUCCCUUCUGUACCUCCUUUUAUUCCAUCAGCUCGACCAUCUGUCCCAUCGGUACCUGCCUUUGUUCCUUCACUAUCACCUCCAGUUGCAACAUUUUCUUCUUUAAUCCCAUCAGUUCCGCCAUCAGUUCCUUCUGUACAACUCUUUAUACCAUCUACAUCAUCUCCACCUGUUAACCCACAUCCUCAACAAUCGAAACCUCCUAAAUUACCGCCCUAUAUUGAAGUUACUCAGCCAAGAAGAGCUACCACACCUCCUGCGCUUAAUGUGCCUACAACAAAUCUACCAUGGUUACCUACGUUUUCAACACCGCAACCUCUUCCAUUCACUAAUAAAACAUUUCACCUUCCAAAUCCAAUUCCCCGACCGCCUGCGACAGUAUUCCCUCCAUUUUUUCAGCCAACUUUUCCUGUAACGUUUCCGCAGACUGUACCGAAUGACAUGCCUCCAAUAUUGCCUAAUACUCCUAAACAACCUAUAACACGUCCUUCAACAGGCCCGCCAACAUUUCCUCCGACUGUGCCUUUUAGUAUGCCUCCUAUCGUGCCAAACAUAACUCCUUUAUUUCCCAUAUCUCCUGAAUUUCCAAGUCAAUCAACAUUUCCAAUUACAACCCCGACUAUUCCAACGAAAGACCCGUUUUCCUUCAAUAUACCGAGCAGCCCUCAAACACCUCUAUGGUUUGACCCAUUUAAUUUUACUGCACCGGGUACGACCACCUAUCCAGCAGUUCCGACUGUAACAUCAAAAACACCUACGCAAACAAAUCCAGUUCAUAUACCUGUUGUAACAAAUGGCUUUUCAACCCUUAUACCAAGACCGCCGACUACAACAUAUUUUCCGUCACUCUCAACAUCAAAGAUACCUGCAUGGCAAAACUUGACAACUCCAAGAACACCGUCUCCAUCAACACAAACAAAGACAGUUACCAAUACUGUUCGCAAGACCUCAACAUCAAUUCCAACUUUUAAACCAUCGACGCUCUCACCUUCAACUUUUAAUUACAACAUCACACCACCUCCUAUUCUACCCCCAAGUUCAUUAAGGCCAUAUCCAGGUACAUUCAAACCAUUUAAUAUCACAAUACCUCCUUUUCCACUACCGCCUGGCUUCAACGUUUCUACAAGUUAUCCAUACUGGGAUGUUAUGACUACAACAUCAUCAACACCAAAUACAACUAUUAAACAAUCAAUUAAAACGACAACAACGUACCAGACGGUCAAACAAACCUCUCCAGUACUUAAUUCAAGUAUAACAUCCACAACACACCAAUCCCCAAAUACAACAGUUGUAACGCAAUCUACUGCUAAAACCACAGUAAAACCAUUGCCUACCACGAAAGCACCGUUAACUCCAACAAACAUCUUAACGAAACCAACACCAGCACCGGUGACUACGACACCACCAAGGCCAAAGAUUCCGUCCAUAGAUUCGAUAUGUCCUCCAGGAAAUGUAUCUAUUCGUGCAUUAACAUGUGACCAAAAUCGUAAAUGUCCAGCAGGAAGUCAGUGUUUUUUUGGAAUUUGUUGUCUAUCGGUUGAUACCGUGCAAAUCU